AUGUCCAAGUGGCAAUCGGAGAGAAGUAUUCACGAAAUGUUGAAAGAUACUCCGCCACUACGCGAAUCCAGCGACUCGAUAACUUCGGGUACAGAAGCAAAGUUUCCUACAUCACGUUCCAUGCCAUUUCCACCGGCUUAUGCACCACCAGAUGUAUCACAAAAUGGAGCUGCAGGCAACAGCACUCUCCUGCGUGCAGGAUCUACCAAGCUGGAGUCCAUUAAGAAUUGGAGUGUCUCUACUUAUAAAUGUACUAAACAGAUAUUAUAUGAGAAACUGGGAAAAAGUUCACGAACUGUUGAUACUGAGCUGGAAGCACAGAUCGAGAUGCUGCGCGAGACGCAGCGCAAGUACCUGGGCGUGCUGCGGCUGAGCGGCGCGCUGACGGCGCAGCUGGCGGCGGCGGCCGGCACGCAGCGCGCGCUGGGCGAGGCCUUCGCCGAGCUCGCGCAAAAGUCCCCCGAACUGCAGAACCAGUUCCUCUACAACGCGGACACGCAGCGCUCGCUGACGCGCAACGGCGAGACGCUCCUGGCGGCUCUGCACUUCUUCAACAACGCUCUGAACACGCUCACCAACAAGACCAUGGAGGACACGCUGCUGACCAUCCGGCAGUACGAGGCGGCGCGCGUGGAGUACGACGCCUACCGCGGCGAGCUGGAGGCGAGCGGCGGCAACCCGCCCGAGCUGCUGCUGGCCAGCAUCGAGCGCCACCGCCGCCACUACGAGCGCCUGCGCGACGACUCCGCCGUCAAGCUCAAGCUGCUGCACGAGAACAGGGUGAAAGUGAUGAACAAGCAACUACUGUUGUUCCACAACGCUGUGUCUGCGUACUUCAGCGGUAACAACGUGGCGCUGGAGGCAGCUGUGCGCCACUUCAGCGUGCCCGGCGCCCCUUCGCACAGCCAACACCCUCAACACCCUCCCGCGCUCGCCCCUCCACACCCCCCUACGCUGGCCCCCCCGCACGCCCCCCACCCCACGCUUGCCAGUCCCUCCACCAGCCCCCCGCGAACA